AUGGGGCCUCCUCUUUACCACCUAUCAGAUUUGGCCCUUCCCUCCUACCAAGGAGACCGCUGGUAACAUUCACAUUUUUACAUGGAAUUUUUCGAAAUAAAGGGGGCGGUAUAGGAUUCGAACCCCCGAUAUCACUGCUAAGACCCUCCGACUCGCCCACUCGAGUCGCUUAGCCCUUCUUAAAUUGGUGAUGAAGGUGCAUCAGGCUUAGGUUCUGCUUUAGCAAAUUGCAUUAAUCUCUCAAAUUUGACACUUUUCCUUGAGCAUAAUUAAAUUGGUGCAAUUGGUGCAUCAGGCUUAGGUUCUGCUUUAGCAAAUUGCAUUAAUCUCUCAAAUUUGACACUUUUCCUUGAGUAAAAACAGUUUAUUUGUUUUGGAUUGUGA